UGCAUCCUGAGAAAUGUCGAAAUGUCAUUGACUUCGGCGAACGUACUUCAUGACGAGAGUGCGAAAACCCAUUUUAAAUAAAAUGAACGCGUAGCCUCGUCGCCCGUUAUUAGCCCCGCGGCUCCGGACUCAUUAGCUCGAGUAAAAAAGCCUGUAUUAAAAAAAAAAGUUGCAACCGCGUCGCGUGUUAUAAAUCGUGUGUUGAAUUAAAAAAAAUGGUGAUCCAAAAGAUUUGCUGCCUCGGUGCUGGAUACGUAGGCGGUCCUACAUGCAGUGUGAUAGCCCUAAAAUGCCCAGACAUCAAAGUUACAGUCUGCGACAAGAGCGUGGACAGGAUAAACCAAUGGAACUCGGACAAAUUGCCGAUUUACGAGCCAGGUUUGGACGACGUUGUGAAACAGUGUCGAGGUAGGAAUCUAUUCUUUUCCACGGACAUAGAGACUAGUAUUUUGGAGGCCGACUUAAUAUUUAUCUCUGUAAACACGCCUACGAAGACUAUAGGGAACGGCAAAGGCAGGGCAGCGGAUUUGAAGUACAUAGAAGGCGCGGCGCGAAUGAUAGCCGAUAUAGCGACAAGCAACAAAAUUGUUGUCGAAAAAAGCACUGUUCCAGUCAAAGCUGCGGAAAUUAUUAUGAAAAUCCUCAGAGCGAACACUAAACCAGGCGUAGAGUACCAAAUACUGUCCAACCCAGAGUUUUUAGCUGAAGGAACAGCUAUUGUCGAUUUAGUGGAAUCUGAAAGAGUCCUUAUUGGUGGUGAGGAGACGACCGAAGGUCAGAAGGCUAUACAGGAACUAUGCUGGGUCUAUGAACAUUGGAUACCAGCUAAAAACAUCCUAACAACAAACACUUGGAGCUCAGAAUUAUCCAAACUGGCCGCAAACGCUUUCCUAGCUCAAAGAAUCUCAAGUAUCAACUCUCUGUCAGCAGUCUGUGAAGCUACAGGUGCUGACGUCUCAGAAGUAGCCCGAGCGGUGGGCAGGGACUCCCGUAUAGGCCCAAAGUUCCUCGAAGCGUCCAUUGGUUUUGGUGGGAGCUGCUUCCAAAAAGACAUACUCAAUUUAAUCUACCUAUCUGAAUGCUUGAAUCUGCCAGAAGUGGCCGCAUACUGGCAACAAGUUGUGAGUCUAAACGACUAUCAGAAGACUCGUUUCACCCGUAAAGUCAUAGAAUCAUUAUUCAAUACAGUUGCAGACAAAAAAAUAGCUAUACUAGGAUUUUCAUUCAAGAAAAACACUGGUGAUACCAGAGAAUCUCCCGCUAUCUAUGUAUCAAGUACUUUAUUAGAUGAAGGUGCAAAAUUACACAUAUACGACCCUAAAGUUGAGUAUGAUCAGAUAUUUUAUGAGUUAACACAUCCUUUAGUAACGAGUGAGCCGGAGAAAGUAAAGAAAAACAUACAAAUUCACAAUUCAGCGUACUCUGCUGUGUCCGGAGCUCAUGCUUUAGUUCUGUGCACUGAAUGGGAUGAAUUCAAGAGUCUGGACUACAAGAAGAUUUAUGAUGCAAUGAUGAAGCCUGCAUACAUCUUCGAUGGCAGGAAGAUACUGGAUCACGAAGCUCUGUUAAACAUUGGGUUCCACGUCCAGACGAUCGGCAAGAGGUUGUCUAGAACAAGCAGCAUCAGAGCACAAGGGAGCCAGACGAUGCAUAGUAUUUAAGAUUAAUGUAAAUUGUGAACAAACAAACAAAAAAAGAGAUACUCUUGCAUCGAGAUUACUCAGAAGACAUACCAGUUUCAGUUUAUUUAUAAUAUUUUUUUUAUUAAUAUUUUAUACGAAAAAAAUACACAAUAUUAUCACAGAACAUACAAUGCUAAAGCUAUGUUUUAGUGAUAUAGCUCUUUGUUAAAGAAAGAAAGUAAGAGAUUUUAUAGUAAAUAUUCAUUAUUACGUAUAUACUUUAAUAAUACUUGAGGCAACUAUACCAUUUGUAAUUUACACCAUAAGUAACAUUAUUACAUUUAAAAAUGUAUUAGUAUGUAUGUGUAAUUUGUGUUUACUUUACACUUCAACACAUUGACAUAUUGUGCUUGUCGUAGACAGAGAAGUAAAUAGACAAUGGAUGGAUGGGAAUUACUGAGCAAAAAAUCCGUAUCUAAAUUGUUUCAUCCAUUUAGGAAUUUUUAUAAUUUACAUUUGUUUAAUAUACUUAAUCGAACAAGAAUUUAAUAGUUUUUAUUUUAUUAAAUCAAAUAAGGCUAUAUACAUAAAUAUGAAUUGUAAUAUAUAUUUUUUAUACUUUUAUAUUUUAUGUAACAUUUUGUCUGAAUUUUUAUCAAAUAGAUAGCUUAUAUCACAGAAUUAAUAAGGCAAUAGAAAUGACGGUCAAUGCUGAAUGGAAAUAUCAUGUUGCCACAGAGAAAUCCAUAGACAGGUAUUUUAGCAUUUAGGUUUAAAAAUAUGUAGUAUAUACCAGUGUAAUAUGUAGUGAGGUCAAAAUCGUAUAUCUUUUAGAGUCUGGCUAAUGAAAGUAGACUGAAAUCACCCUGCAAAUUUUAAAAAUUAUUUAAACAAAUUAAAAAAGCGUGUGUUAUAAUUUGUUUAAAUUUUUUUUUGUUUUUGAAUACAUUAUAUAAAAAAGUAUUAAACUCACUUAAUUGAAUAUUUGCAAUACAAUUUUAAGAGUUUACUCCGAUUUUAUUUGUUUGGCGGACGAUUUCAGUAACUACAUUCAUUAGCCACACUCUAACUUACAAUGGCCCCAUCCCUUGUCUAUUUACUUAUUUAUCUACGCUGUGACGUCACGUGUUUCCCUUCGUAUAGACAACCGUAUGUGUAUGUUUUGAACUGCUAAUACAAUUAAGAUAAAGUGCUGUUGAUCAAUAUUUAUUUUUAUUGAAUUUUAAUAAUUCACAUUUGUACAAUUUAAUCGAACAAGAAUUUAUUAAUAUUUUUUUAUUAAAUCAAAUAAGGCUUAUACAUAAAUGUUAAUUGUAAUAUAUAUUUUUCAUACUUUUUUAUAUUUUAUGUAACAUUUCGUCUGAUUUUUUGUUAAAUAGACAGCUUUUAUCAUAGAAUUAAUAAGGCAAUAGAAAUGCUGAAUGGAAAAAUCAUGACUACAGUCAUGAUUGAAGUCUUGUUAUCCAAGAAUUCAACCCUUUAAAUGGUAACUAUUUUAAUAUAAAAAAAACGUAGCAACUAGCCAAUAUACUCGUAUUUUUAACUUUAGUUUUAAAUAAUUUAGUUUCAGAGUCGGUGAUGGUUUUAGAUAUUUGUCAUUUUAGUAAACCUAAUUUGUCAGUCCAUGCUCUGUUCUAAAAGUACUAAUUAUGCCUAUAAUAGCUUGGCAAAUUCGUUCGUAACACUCCCGAUGGUCGCGCGCACGAUUUCACACCCGCGCAGUCCUUCCCCCGUCGCCCGGUUAUCAUGGGAGUGUCUUUAACAAACUUGCCAAGCUAUAUGGAAAUGUCUUCUCCAGUACAGGUAGGUAAUUAGAGUAUUAGAGGUCUUUAGAGUAGGCCGCAGCGGCGAAGAGUUGAUACAGGCCGAUUCCCACCGGGUUACCUUUUUAAAAUCCAUACAGUGGUGUGCAUAAGGUGGUCGAUCAGGACAUGCUCUAGUAAGGAAAAAUUAACCGAACUGGGAAAAUCUGCAUUUACUAAGGAUUAAGAAAACAUCUCUUAGGGUAUGCACUGAUUUAAUGCAUGUAUGUAGUGCACGCCACAGCCACACAUACAUACAUAUUAAUUAUUGUUAUGAAUAUGUAGUUUGCAUCAAGAGUUCUGAAUUUCCUUUUCUUUGGGAUGGCUUGCCUUCACAUCACAUCACAUUUAUUUGAUCAUAAAAUUGUCAAAAUUCCAUCCUUCGCCACUGCAUUUUUGCAUAUAUGAAGUGCUUGCUUCUAAGUCUGGACUUUUGUUACCAAAGUCCAAAGUCGCCAUGGUUUAAACUCCAUUGUCUAUGGUACUUAUAACACUCGUGGAAGUAGCAUGGACACACUUUCAUCUUAUAAGAUGUCAAAGGCAAACCCUCACAGGCUCUGUUUUAAUACUUAAGCAUAUAUUUUUCUACACUUGACCAGUUUUUAUAGAAGAUACUAAACCAAAAAAGUAAAGAGGAAUGUCAUGACGGGGACAAGCUAAGAUCUUUGACUAUACAUCCUGAGUUGAAGACUUGUUUGAUUUGUUAGUUUGUUUUCUUGUUUGUUAAACUUGUUGAUAACAGAUAGAAAAUAAACCAAAAAAAAAAUACAGCUUCGGCGUUACUUCGCCGGUGAACAUUUUGCCCUAGAAGAGUGAUAAAAAUUGUAAUUUUUCUUCAAGAAAAAUACUUUUAUUAAGCCAAUAAUUAAACCAGAUCCUUAUUUAUACAUCAUACUAUAAACUUUUAUAUGGUGGGCACUCCCCUUUGCCCACACUGUUCCCAGUUAUUGUUUGUCUUAAGCAAUUUUUAACCGACUUCAAAAAGGAGGAGGUUCUCAAUUCGGUCAGUAUUUUUUUUUUAUGUAUGUACACCGAUUAUACUGUUUAUUAUGGUUGUAGUGAAACCUCUUAGGCAUUGUAUUUUAAUAUAUUUCUAGUGCCUAUUCACUAACAUAGGUCUAUUAGCCAUCUAAUAUAAUAAACAUCAAAUUAAUAACAACAAAGCACAAUGUGAACGUAAAUUAUUUAUUCUUUUUUGGGAGAUUUCUAAGUAUAUCUAGCAAUUUUAGAGGUUGACGAGUUUUAUACAUAUUUUUGGAAGUUUAACUAAGAUUGAAAGAGAAUAAAGAGCUGGCUUUUCUCAGGACUGUUUUAGUCUUUCUGUCUGCAUUAAAUUCGUCUUCCUGGUUGGGCUAUUGAAAAUAGAGUCCGGAAAAUUAAAAAAAAAAUCUUUUAAUGUUUGUUAAAAACACUAUAUACAAAUAUUUAAAAGUAACUAUUUAACAUUUGUUGUUUUCCAAUAUUUACAUUAUAUUUUUGGGAAAGCCUUCCGUUUUUUUUUUUAAUUUUCGACGACAAUUCUAUUUUCAAUAGCUUUAUCCUCUAUAAAAUAAUUUGUGAACAUAAAUUGCCGUCUAAUUUUCACUUAAAAAAUUUAAAUUUUUCAUAAACACUGGUCGACCUAAACCAUUUUUUUAUAAGUCUUAAUUAAUAUAAGUUAUAAUUUAAGACAAACAUUUUCCUAUUAAGUAUUAUUAUGAAUUUAUUGAUUUAUAUUUCUGUUGCAUUUAAAUCUGUUUUUAAGUAAUUGCACCAAUUUAAAAGGACGAACUUUAUAAAUUCAAAGAAACGAGAUUUCAAGGAUUAUUUAUUUUAAUAGUCGUUUAAAAGGUGAACAAGUGACUCCAACUUUAUUAUAUGUUUUUCAAAUUAAUUAAUUUGUACAUUUAAUAAAUAUUUUGUUUACUUAAAUAAUGAUGGUAAAAGACAUUUUCCAAAUUGGCCUACUAAUCAGCCGCUUACUUUGUUGUAUAUAUACUGAGAGGCACAUUAUCCGCCCUAUUUAAUAUAACGCGAGUAUAUUAAAGUGGGCGGAUAAUUGUGCCUCUGAGUAUAUUUAAUGUAUUCAUAGCAUUUUUUUACUGUGUCCAAUUUUAAUGGGUGCUUUAGCAUUCCUGGAUUAGCCUAUAAGCUAUUUAAGCAAUAGGCUAGUUAACACUUUUUAAAAUGGUCCUAAAUUGUUCACUAAAUUGAAUUAUUUUUUUUAAUUUUGAAAUAUUUUUUUGACAUAACGAGCCGAAACGCUAUCGGCCAUGAUGGUUUAAUGAAUAAGCAAUCUUUCCCUGUGGUCCUAUGUAUUAUUAAGUGAAUUUCAUGAUUUUAUAUUUCUGCAUAAAUAUUAUACUUGGUUAAUUAUUACUAUUUUUAUAAUUUUACUUUAUAAUUUGUAACCGUGUAACCGGAACAUAUAAAAUAGUAUUAUUAAAAUAAAUGCAUUAAUUUAAUGAUAAA